GUACAACUUUGUAGUUGCUCAUGUUGGAAAUUCAUGUUAGUCUACUUUUGACUGUUACGCCGAUUGUUUGCAUCGUCUUACUGUGUCGCUCGUACGUUCGCACGCUCGCUUGCUCCGCCGUACGUUCGAUCGAAAUGCCAGUUGUUUUAGUAUGUUAGCUAGUAGCCGCCUGCUGCUGUUGAGUUACUCGUAGUACACUCACCCACCGGCCCGCCGUCGUCAAUCAGUGUUGUCAGCAAGUUUCACCACUCACUGGUUUAGUUUAUCAAUUCGCGUACGCACGGAACGAUUCGAAGUGUUCAAUUAAUUUGAGCUGAAAACAAAAAAGUGAUAGAUUUAAUAAAUUUAUAAAACUACAUAUUUACGCGACUUUUUAGUGAGGACAACGAAAUUCUUGCGACACAAAACAAAAAAAACUCGCCUGUAUACAAAAAAAAAAAAAAAAACAGAAAAAUCGCGCGUGAGCAACAAAAUUUUGAAUUUGCGUCGGCAAAAGUGUAAGAAAGAAAAAUUGGAAAGGUGCAGCAGCACCAACAGCUUUAAAAACUCACGAUUUGACCGCAAAACUAUCGGCUUUAAAUGGGAUUAACUAAUUGGAAAGUGCAGUGAUUUGCAUUAAUUAAAAUAGAAUAAAUCCAGCAAUAAAACAAAAAAUACACACUCUUAUACAAUAAGUGCAAAAAAGUGAUCGGUGAUUUCCCACUUAUGCCACGCCGAUCGUUAAUUGUGUGAUAAAAAUGCAGUUUUCUAUAACAAUCAGCCGAAAGCGUGCAUGUUAAGCAAAACUAAUGCAAGCAAAAAAUUGAAUUGAAUAAUUGUUUGCGGUCUUGUGCCGAUGCUUGCAUAGAAAAACGAAAUAGCUUUAAUUUUUUUUUAAUUUCGUCAAAUCACAACAUUAAAUGACAGUGCACAGUAAUGACAGUGGUGUGUGUUUAGUAAUGAACGCCGUUUCAACUCGACUGACUGCAUCGCCCACAGCCGCCACCGCACAGCCCGUCGCACCGAUCCAGCAACACCCAACGAACCUCAGCACCACCGCACACACCGCCGCCGCUGCUAACGCGCCGCAACCCACACUCACCGCAUCGGUUGCGUCCGCUGUCGCAGCUGCUGCCGCCGCCGCUGCCGCUGCUGCCGCAGCUGGCGCUGUAUUACCACCACCCACCACCACCGGUCAUCACAGUCACGCGAACGUCAGCGUCGUGCCACCGAAAGGCAGCACGUCCACAUCAGCAACGCCGCUAACCAUCACCUCCGCCGCCGCCGCUGCCGCUGCUGCAGCAGCCGCCCAUCACCACAGCGCCAGCAAUCCAAUGGCGGUAACAUCUACAGUGCCGCCGGGCGCACGCUCGAUAUCGCCGUGUUCAGCAGCUGCCACGCCUUAUGGCAGCAGCAGUAUACAGGGUGGAGCUAGCCUCAAUGCAAGUGGGCCUGGUAGUGGCGUUACAGUUUCGGUGAUAGGACCACCUGGUAGUGGGCUGCCGGGCUUGCCACCAAGUUUGACAGGCGGACCACCGGGCGCGGGUGGUGUGCCUCCGCCUCCGGGUACUCCGGGUUCAAAUCGUUGCUGUGAUACUGGACGGACAAUCUACACGGAUCCCGUUAGCGGUCAGACGCUGUGCUCGUGUCAAUAUGAUAUGCUCAGUUAUCAGCGUUUGGCGGCCGCUGGCGGACUUGUCACAGGACCGGGUGGUGUGCCGAUUGGCGUCUAUCCGGAGGGCAUGUCUGCGUAUUUGUCGGGCAUAGCGGCCGAACAGCCGCCAUUCUAUGCGAAUCCGGCCGGCUUGGAUUUAAAAGAGAAUUUAGUAGCUAGUGGCGCGCCUUGGCCAUAUCCAUCAGUGUAUCAUCCCUACGAUGCGGCGUUCGGCUAUCCAUUCAAUAGUUAUGGUGUCGACUUGAAUGGAGCGCGUCGCAAAAAUGCCACACGUGAGACCACAUCUACGCUGAAGGCCUGGCUGAACGAACACAAAAAGAACCCAUACCCCACCAAGGGGGAGAAAAUCAUGCUGGCAAUAAUUACGAAAAUGACGUUGACGCAGGUGUCGACAUGGUUCGCGAAUGCGAGAAGAAGACUGAAAAAGGAAAAUAAAAUGACGUGGGAGCCUAGAAAUCGCGUCGAUGACGAUGACGCCAAUAUCGAUGAUGACGAUCACAAGAGCACCGAUGACAAUGAUUUGCUAGAUGCUAAAGACUCUGGUCUCGGCUCAAAUGACGACAAAGAUCGCUCGAAUCGCCUUGGUGACCUGGGUGAUCGUCCUGGUGAGAGCAACAACAGCGAAUGGUCUGGUUCGCGUACCGGCUCACCUAAUGGCUCGCCCGACCUUUACGAUCGCCCCGUCGGCAUGCCAGGCGGUGGCCAUCCACUUUUCCAUCCCGCCGCAUUGCAUCAUCACUUCCGCCCGCCAGCCGGUUCACCACCCGACAUCGCCGCGUACCACCAUCAUCAGCAACAGUUGCUGCAGCAGCAUCAACAGGCACAACAGAACUCAUUGCAAUCCGCGGGCGGUGUCGGUGGCGGCAGCACAAGCGCCAGUUUAGCAGCGAAACCGCGCAUAUGGUCACUAGCGGAUAUGGCCUCCAAGGACGGCAAAGACUCAUCGUCAAAAGACAGUCCCCCCGGCAGUAUGGGCUUGGCAAGUGUCGGCCUCGGCGAACUACCACCCACACAUCCUGCUCUCUACGGCCAUCCCGCGCAACACGCCUCCCCAGGUAAGAUUCUAUCGCCACUGGCGGCGCGCAUACCAAACUAUUCGCCUUAUGUGCGACCCGACCUCUAUCGCGGUUUCUAUGGGCCCGCUGGCCUAACCGGUCCGUCUCAGGAAUUUCUCGAGCAUCAGCGCAAUUUCGGCGCCAGUCUGGCCGCGCACAAUGGCCUCAGCAUGAAUCCGCUACUGUGGAAGGCAGCAGUCGCUGGCGGUACGCCAUUCGCGCCACUAAGCCUAACUACGACCGGCAACCAUCAUACACCACAACAUGUGCCGCCACCAGCGGGUGCAUCGCCAUCGGCCUCUAGCACCUCCUCGUCAAUUGGAUGUGAUGUCGUGCAGCCUCCCACAUCCAUGAGUCUAGCACAAUCACACCAUAUAGGACCCAUAUCGGGCAAUUCGAACUCCUCAUCGAACUCCUCCAAUUCGGGUAAGCUGUCGCCAGGCAAACCAUGACAGUUGACGGUAUCACCAACACCGCCGGCAGCCACAGCCACUACAACGACGGCUAUGUUGACCGGUGUGAAUACGUCACAGCCACCGCCACGGUCGACAGCGCCCAUGUCGACCUCGAUGCUGCUCGUCAGCACACCAUCGCCUGCGCUCACACACACACAUACCCAUACGCACACGCACACAUUGACACAUGUGAUACCGGCGGCGGCAGCGGCCGCAGCAGCAGCCGCUUCCUCGCCAAUGUCCGCCUUUCGUUCGUUGAUCGCUUUCCGCGAACAGCAUUUGCAACAGCAAGCGCCCAAAGUAACGCUACGGCCGUAAUUCGAGCGACGUAACUGCGACUGUAAAUGACUGCGUUGUGUGCUAUGUAUGUAGUAGUGGAUGAAAGGUGAGCGCAGUGCUGUGGGCGCAUUGAAAUUGAGAAUUUGUACUAUCGGACAAUAAUUUACAUGUGAUUUGAUAAUUUUUAAUUGAGAGCAAGCGGUGAGUACAGCCCACUUGAAGACGUUUACACCAAAAAGUAUUUGAUUAGCCGAGAAAUAUUCAGCGAAAAUAAAUAUUAAGUUAACAGCAUUAAACACUUUCGGGAACCACUCAAACAGUACUAAGCUGGUCGAAAUUUCUCUUUUUCUAUUUCUUUUUUAUUUCUUUGUAAAUAACAGGGAAGCGAAGAAAACGAAAUUAAUGAAAAAUACACUGAGAAAUAAAAAUGAAAUUCAUAGAAAUACAACUUAUGCAAACAGAGCUUAUAGAAAGUAACAGUUAAUAAAAGAAAUUGUAAAAAGCAAGAGAUACACCGAUUGAAGAAAAAAAUUGUAAAGGAAGUACCUUAGAAGAUGAAUAGGGAGAGUAGCAUUUGAGGUGUAAAGAAGAAGGAUUUCCAAACUGUCAUUUCAGAUGUAAUAUGAAGUAAAAGUAUUCAAAUAUUGUAUUCACACACAUAGUCCAGACACAAACUGAGUAUCAGUGAAAAAUUUGCGCCACAAGAUUUAUUUUAGUUUUGCAAGAUAACAAACAAAAACACAAAAAAAAAAACAUAUCAGAGUGCAGAAAGGCAGUAAA